CGGUGGUGUGAAAGCCCACAUGGAGAACCUCAUUUCAGCAUACAACCAGAUGGCAGCAAAUGAGCUUAAAUUAAUACAUUGCCAGCACUGACUUGGCCAAAAUCAGGGUGUCCCCAGAAGGUUUUGCAGAGCUUUAACAAAAGGCGGCUUCCUAAGCCAAUUGCUGUUACAAUGAUGCAACUUGGGGGAUAAACAAGCCUCUAAAGGGCUGGUGUUAUUUAGGAGAAAAUCAUGGUGUCUGGAGGCAGCUUGCCAUGGCCGUGACAAGACUGUGCUGGCCGAUGGGAGGAUGGGAACCGGCAUAGGCACAGCUGGGCUGGCUAAGCUGGCUGGAUGCUUGCCGUCCGGUCCAGCCCAGAGCUCGGCACUGGGAGGAUGCUUGCUGGGAGGACGUUCGCAGCCUGGUCCAGCCCUGAGCUCGGGACUGGGAGGAUGCAGGCAGAGCAGAUGCUUGCCGGCUGGUCCAGCCUGGAGCUCGGUGCCGGGAGGAUGCUCGCCAGGAGGAUGCUCGCGGCGCUGGAGACAGCGCCGAGGGAGGCGAGAGAAGACGGUGCUGAGAAAUUGUGGGGGCAGGAGAAGGCCACAGUGACUGUGGCAGAUUAUGCCAACUCAGACCCAGCUGUUGUGAAAUCAGGACGUGUGAAAAAAGCUGUGGCCAAUGCAGUUCAACAGGAAGUAAAAUCCCUUUGUGGUUUGGAAAUGGAUACAAAGGAAAGCAUCAAUGAGCGAACUGCAUCUAGAAAAAAGAAGAGCAAAAGGCACAAAGAAAAUCCUGAUGGUGACAGCGGAGAAGAAUAUCCCAUAGAUAUCUGGCUGUUGCUGGCUUCCUACAUUCGCCCUGAAGACAUUGUCCGGUUUUCUCUGAUUUGCAAGAAAGCCUGGACUGUUACUUGCACUGCCGCCUUUUGGACCAGGCUCUACAGAAGGCACUACAGUCUGGAUGCUUACCUGCCUCUCCGCUUGCGGCCAGAAUCGAUGGAGAAGUUGCACUGUCUCCGAGCGUGUGUCAUCCGGUCACUAUACCAUAUGUACGAACCUUUUGCAUCUCGAGUCUCCAGGAAUCCAGCUAUUCCAGACAGUACUCCCAGCACUUUAAAAAAUUCCAGAUGUCUGCUUUUCUGGUGCAAAAAGAUUGAAGGGAACAGACAAGAAUCAAUGUGGGAAUUCAACUUCAAGUUCAAAAAGCAGUCUCCUAGAUUAAAGAGCAACUGUUGCAAAGGUCUUCAGCCACCCAUUCAAUAUGAGGAAGUCCAUACAAACCCUGAUCAGGAUUGCUGUCUGCUGCAGAUCACCACCUUUAACUUCAUAUUCGUACCAAUAGUCAUGGGUAUGACGUUUACCUUGUUCACCAUCAAUGUGAGUACGGACAUGAGACAUCAUCGUGUGCGCCUGGUGUUCCAGGAUGCUCCUGUUCGCAAUGGCAAGAAACCCCGCCUUGACCAAGGAGUGCAGGUUGUGUUGGACCCUGUGCAUAGUGUGCGGCUCCUGGAUUGGUGGCACCCACAGUAUCCCUUUUCUCCAAAAGCUUAGUGCUCUCCUGAGUCUGCAGCAGCCGGCAGAUGACUGAAUCUGGCAAGCUGAAGAGAAUUUCUAGGAACCAGGAAAUCCUAUUUUUAUUUCUUAAAUAAAUUCUGCAGUCUCCUUGCAAGUGGUUGAAGCUACUGAGCUAGUCUGUAUGCAUAUAACUCCUGGUCAGUGAUGGGCAGAGCUGAGUGUAAAGUGGAAAAAAUUUGUAAACACACUUUUAUGUAAAAUUCACAUUUUAUGAUUUGAAAGGAGCUCCCUGGAACUGUUCAUUUAAAAUCCUUUUGGUGCUAAUGAAA